AGAAGCCAAUCAGCGUCCCCGCGGCUCCCGGUUCUAAAGUCCCCGCGGACCCGCCCGGACUCAGAUUCUUCCCAGACCCGGGGAUCCCGGUCAUGGCGCCGCGAACCCUCCUCCUGCUGCUCUCGGGGGCCCUGGCCCUGACCCAGACCCGGGCGGGCUCCCACUCCCUGAGGUAUUUCGACACCGCCGUGUCCCGGCCCGACCGCGGGGAUUCCCGCUUCCUCACCGUCGGCUACGUGGACGACACGCAGUUCGUGCGCUUCGACAGCGACGCCCCGAAUCCGAGGAUGGAGCCGCGGGCGCCGUGGGUGGAGCAGGAGGGGCCGGAGUAUUGGGAGGAGCAGACGCGGAUCUCAAAGCAGGACGCACAGAUUAACCAAGUGGACCUGCGGACCCUGCGCGGCUACUACAACCAGAGCGAGGCCGGUGAGCGACGCGGACCCGGGGCAAAGGUCACGAUUCCCGGGGUUCCUCACGGACGAGCCGGGGUCGCCCCGAGUUUUGGGUCCGAGGUUCACCCCGAGGCCACACGACCCGCCGGACCCCACCCACCCGGGAAGAGCGGGAGGGAGUUUUACUCUUUCAUUUUCAGUUUAGAUGAAAACCGGCUGCGAGUAAAUCACCGCAGGGGCGGGGGCGGGGCUGAGUGGGCGGGGCUGACGUUGGGGGCGGGGCCAGGGUCUCACACUAUCCAGGUCAUGUACGGCUGCGACGUGGGGCCGGACGGGCGCCUCCUCCGCGGGUACGGUCAGUUCGCCUACGACGGCGCCGACUACAUCGCCCUGAACGAGGACCUGCGCUCCUGGACGGCGGCGGACACGGCGGCUCAGAUCACCCGGCGCAAGUGGGAGGCGGCCGGGGAGGCAGAGAGUUUCAGGGCCUACCUGGAGGGCAGGUGCGUGGAGUGGCUCCGACGGUACCUGGAGCACGGGAAGGAGACGCUGCAGCGCACAGAUCCCCCAAAGACACACGUGACCCACCACCCCGUCUCUGACCGUGAGGUCAUGCUGCAGUGCUGGGCCCUGGGCUUCUACCCGGCAGAGAUCACGCUGACCUGGCAGCGGGACAGGGAGGACCAGACCCAGGACACAGAGUUUGUGGAGACCAGGCCUGCGGGGGAUGGAAACUUCCAGAAGUGGGCAGCUGUGGUGCUGCCCUCUGGAGAGGAGCAGAGAUACACGUGCCAUGUGCAGCACGAGGGGCUGUCUGAGCCCCUCACCCUGAGAUGGGAGCCGCCUUCCCAGCCCAGCAUCCCCAUCGUGGGAAUCGUGGCUGGCCUGGUUCUCCUUGGAGCUGUAGUGCCUGUGGUGGCUGGAGUUCUGAUCUGGAGGAAGAAGCGCUCAGGUGGAAAAGGAGGGAGCUACACUCAGGCUGCUCGCAGUGACAGUGCCCAGGGCUCAGAUGUGUCUCUCACAGCUUCUAAAGCGUGAGAAAGCUGCCUUGUGGGACUGAGUGAUAUAAAUGUUGUUCACUCCCCAACUUGUGACUUCAAGAACUCCAACCUUUGAGAUGCGAAGAUUUUUGUUUCUGGGCUAGAAUCUAAAUGUGUCUGCAUUCCCAUUAGUACAAUAUGAAGAUGUGGGGAGAUGGCUCAUCCCCUUCCCUCCACGACUUCCUCCGCACACUGACCUGUGAUCCCUGCCUUGAUCAACUUUCCUUUACCAGCAGAGUUGGCUAUCAACAUCUCCAUCUCUGUAUUAACUUCAUGUAGCCCUGAGCUGCCCCUUCUUACAUCACUUGAAAAUGAAAAUCUGGGUAUGGUUUUGUUUUUACAAAUUCUUGGUAUUAGGUGGGAUUGAUGAAUCAGUUGAGGGAAAGGAAGAUUCUUAAAAUUUGAGAGAUGAAAUAAAUUGACCUGAGAACCUUCCAGAA